CAACCCUGUCACAUGACCAGUUUAAGGUAGGCGGGGCAUUUAUUUCACUUGUCCUGCACUCUUCCGGUUAAUGCUGUCAAGAUCGUGGAACAAACCGCCGUUAAUUUGACCCAUGAUUCUUUAAAUUUGUGCUUCCAAUACAGAGGCUGGAUGAGUGGUCCAUCCUUCACCUCCCCCUCUGCAGAGGUGGCUGAGAUGAACCGUAUCCACUAUGAGUUGGAAUACACGGAAGGCAUCAGCCAGCGCAUGCGGAUCCCCGAGACCCUUAAGGUGGCCGCGGAAAACCAGAGCUGUCCUCUGCCACCCCAGGAACCCCUGCACACUCAUCCAACUCUGAUGCAGGUGCCUGAAAGGAUUGUUGUGGCAGAUGACGGGGAUACACAGUUCUCUUGUCCCAGAGACUUGGACCUGAUUCAGUCCAUCCCUGCAAUCGACCUCCUGGACAUGAAGGCCCCACCACGUGUUCUUACUCUCACAGAAGAACCACUGGACUCCCUUGAAACUAACCAAACAUCCAGUUCACAGAGCAACCCAAGCCAUGCACCGCAUUCUAGAACUCGAAGGGAACGCAGUGCCAGUGAGUACAUAUCCGGUCGCCACAGCGGUCAGAUUAGCAGAGGAGAAGUAAGUGUGACACCCUCACCGAUCGCCCCUCCAGUCCGCUUGUGUCCCCCUCUCUGCUCCCCUGAGGAUGCAAACAACAACCUGUUCACAACAGCCGGCUUCCUGUCGUACAUCCAGUCCACCACUCGUCGGGCCUACCAGCAGGUCCUUGAAGUCCUGGAUGACAGCCACCGCAGAACACACCUGGAUCUCGCCUUGGAAAUGAACCCAGAUGAGUCCGGAUUAAUGGAUGCCUCUUCAUUAAGACGACAAGGUCGCGGAAUGCUGGAGCCUAUCUCGGCUGUCUUCGGGCGAGAGGCGGGGUACCCCUGGACUCGUCGCCAGCCAAUCACAGGGCACAUAUAGACAAACAACCAUUCACACUCACAUUCAUACCAAUGGACAAUUUGGAGUCACCAAUUAACCUAGCAUGUUUUUGGAAUGUGGGAGGAAACCAGAGUACUCGGGGAAAAAAAAACAUGCAUGCACGGGGAGAAUAUGCAAAUUCCACACAGAGAUGGCCGAGGGUGGAAUUGAACUCGGGUCUCCUAGCUGUGAGGCCUGUGCGCUAACCACUCGUCCGCCGUGCAGCCCACUAGAUGGGGAACCACUGAGCUACACCAGCGCUAUAUACUACGUACAGUGGUGUGAAAAAGUCUUUGUCCUCUUCCUGGUUUCUUAUUUUUUGCAUGUCUCUCACACUUAAAUGUUUCAGUUCAUGAAAUCAUUUUAAAUAUUAGUCAAUGACAACACAACUGAACACAAAUUGCAGUUUUUAAAUGAAACCUUUUAUUAAGGGAAAAAAAAUCCAAACCAACAUGGCCCUGUGUGAAAAAGGGAUUGCCCCCUAAAGCUAAUAACUGGUUGGGUCACUCUUCAAUUCAGCGUUUGCCAUAACUUGAGUCCAAUGAGUCUCUUCCAUCGCUGUGGAGGAAUUUUGGCCCACUCAUCUUUGCAGAAUUGUUGUCAUUCAGCCACAUUGGAGGCUUUUGGAGCGCCUUUUUAAGGUCAUGCCACAUCAUCUCAACUCCACUCCAAAGUCUUUAUUUUCUAUUUUCUUCAGCCAUUCAGAGGUGGACUUGCUUGUCUAUUUUGGAUCAUUGUCCUGCUGAGGUCACCAACAGAUGGCCGGAUUCAGGAUUUUUUGGUAGACAGCAGAAUUCAUAGCAAGUAGCAAAACAGCCCAAGACCAUCACACUACCACCACUGUAUUUUACUGCCGGUAUGGCGUUACUUGACGCCAGAUGCAAUGGGAUCGUAAUUGAUCUCAUCAGACCACAGAGUAUUUUCCCAAUGGUCUUGGGGGUCAUUAAGAUAUUUUCUGGCAAAAUCGAUACAAGCCUUAAUGUUAUUUUUGUUCAGCAGUGGUUUUGGUCUUGGAACUUGGAACCUCAUGCUGUUGUUGCUUUGUGUCUUUCUUAUGUUAGAAUCACGAACACUGACCUUAACUGGGACAAGUGAGGCCUGCAGUUAUUUGGGUGUUAUCGUGGGGUCCUUUGUGACGUCUUGGAUCAGUCGUCACUGUGCUCUUAGUGUAAUUUUGGUUGGCCGGCCUCUCCUGGGAAUGUACGCCACUGUUUCAUGUUUUCUCCCUUUGUUGAAGUUUUGCUGGAGUCCCAAAGCUUAACAAAUGGCUUUGUAACCUUUUAAAUAACAAAUAUUCCAUUUAAAAGCAUUUUGUAUUCCGUUGUGUUGUCAUUGACUAAUAUUUCAAUUUCUAAGUAUGGCAAAUGUGCAAAAACAUAAGAAAUAAGGAAGGGGGCAAACACUUUUUCACACCACUGAAUAUAACAUACCUGCAUGUUGUGCAUAGAAGGUCCCUAAUAUACAGUGUAAUGGUCACUAUGUUAAUGUAAUGUUGAGAUGAAUACAGUCCAUUCUUCAGGUACAUAACACCAAGUCAGCAUAUCUCCCAUCAUGUGGCU